AAUUUAUCAUGUGUUUUUAUUCAAUUUCUAUUUCACGUUUAUGUUAAUGCAAAGAGAUUUCGAAAUAUAUUCUAAAUUAAAUAAUUAUAAGAAAAUAAUAAAAAUUAAAAAACAUGACUUACUUAAGUUGAACUGAAGAAGAAGAUUAGGAUAGAAGGUCGGCUUAAACUCGAUAUAUCGCUGCGAAGCGCGCCACUAUUAUCGAGUCAGCACUAUCGACUUUGGCCAAUCAAUAAGUUCAAAAUAUUUAGGUGAUUCGAUGGAACCAAUAUUCCGGAUAGAGCAAAAAAAAGAUACUGCCACGGGUUGUCUUAUAUUUCUGCAUGGCACAGCUGACUCUGGGCCACACAUAGGAGGGACCAUCAGGGCUCUUAAAGGGAGUAGUGCACGCUUUCCACAUAUCAAAGUAAUAUUUCCUACUGCAUCAUUGAUACCAUUUUCUGCUCAUGGUGGUCAGGAAGUAAAUACAUGGUAUGAUAUAUCAGAUUUCACUGAAGAUGCUGUUGAAAAUACAGAACACAUUGAAAAAUCAGCCAAAAGGAUUAUUAACAUUGUAAACAAUGAGAUUUAUUCUGGGAUCCCAAUGAAUAGGAUUGCUGUUGCUGGAUUCUCAAGGGGAGGUGCAAUGAGUUAUUACAUUGGAUAUUCCUACUUAGAAGGUUUGGCAGGUGUAGGGGUGAUCUCUUCUUGGCUUCCAAAGACAUCGUCAAUUUAUGAGAAAUUAAAGAAACCCAGUGGAAAUCUUUCUCCACUCUUCCAGGCUCAUGGAGAUCUGGACUGCUUAGUGAAACCUAAACUUGCGGAAGAUACAGUGAAUAUUUUUGAGACAGCUGGGGUCAAGACUCAGUUCAAAAAAUACCCAACCAUUGGCCACGAAUUUGAUCGGAGUGUUCUGGAUGAUCUGUAUCUCUUCCUUUACAAUGUUAUUCCUGAUGAGUAGACUCAAUCAUUAUACACAGAGAGCUACUUUAUUUUUAUUGAUAUGAUUCAUUAAGUUUUUUUAACAUAAAUAAUUGAAUCAUACUAAAUUUCUGAAGAGUGCCGAGUUUAUGAAUGUACUUUUAAAUAAUGGGCUGUAUUAUGAUUGAAACAAGUAUGAGCCUAUAACUAAAGAAAUAUACCAUCAUUUUUGAAGUAACUUGAUGCAUCUCAAUUUUCUAACUUUCCACAAGAAUAAAAAAAACUAGUCAAUAUUUAUUUAUAACUAUAAAAUAUAUGUAUUUUAUUUGGA